CGUGGACCACCGCACUGGCAUACCGUGAUUCGUUACGAUCCCCAUCGUACUCCGAUUCGUAGUACCCGGACCUCACAGUCAUCAGCGAAGUCACAAUACGACAAGUGCUAGUGCAGUGCGGACUGCGAAGUCAUCUUUGAUUUCGUGACAGAUUGAGCUUCUUCAAACAGGCCUUGACCAAUCGCGAAUUGUAUAUUUUAAAAGAAAAAGAAAGAAUCGCCCGCGAGGGUGGUUGUCGCGUGCCGGCUGACCGAAUCGUCGUCGGGCGCGCACGCGGUGGAGAGACCCACAGGCAAUUUUAUAGCCCGUCUUAUUACCUCAGUUUAUUGCAUCGUAACGAUUUAACGAUCAUCGCCUGUUUCCAUAGUCCAGACCACCAGUUUAUGCUUUGUCUGUAGCGGUAACCAUAACAAGACCAUAAAAAUCCCCGCCACUGUCAUGAGACCCAUUCUGAAUUACUCCUAUGGCCUACUGACAUUGACACUUUGGGUGUAACCGGCUAUACCUGCCGAUGACUUUUACGACCUCUUAAAACGGUUUAAUGCUUGUUUAUUUGUUCCUCGUCAACGCAAACAACACUUAUCGUAAUCUGUGUCAUACAGAAUAUUGCUUUUUUAGACGUUUAUAUUUGACCUUUCAACUUAAAAUUUGGUACGAUCAGAAGUAAUUAACUUCUGUUUAAUCGAAGUCGAGUUAAUUUAAGUGAAGAUUCCCAAGUUGAUACAGACUAGUGAAAUUUGACUAGCCGCGUGCGUUCUAUGUAAUUGUCACAAGCAAAUCGCCCUUGAUUUUCUUUUGCUGCCUCUUUUUUUUAGUGCCCGUGUUUUUUAGUGCAAGUGAUCCAAAAUACCCGGGAUAAUGAACUCGUACUUCGAGCAAACCGCGGGCGGUUUCUAUGGAAGCCACCAUCAUCAAACAGGAGCGGCAAGUCAACAUCAUGAUCCAGCCACUGCAGCUGCAUAUCGCAGCUUUCCACUCGGAUUGGGUAUGUCACCUUAUGCCUCAACGCAGCAUCAUCAUCACACAUCCUCUUCGUUAGGGAUACACCCCGGCGGUGGAAGUAACACAAGACCACCUCAAGACUCACCGUAUGAUGCGAGCGUUGCGACGGCUUGCAAACUUUACUCAACGACACCCGAAGCAACUGGUCACACUACGUCAUCAUAUUCAACAACUGCAACGAAAGACUGUAAACAACAGGAUCAAACGUCAACCCAUCAAAAUGGCUAUGCUGCGGUGAUGGCAGCAGCAGCGGUCAAGGACGUUUGGUCAACGACCUCGGGAGCGAAUAGUCAGAGUAAUUCAGUCGUACGUCCUUCCGCGUGUACUCCGGAGAGCACAAGGGUCAGUAGCUACAGUGGUCUCGUAGGUGGCGAUCCAGCAUCGAGUCCCGGUAACAACAGUUCGUCAAGAUCCCUCACAUCUUGGAACACCUGCAGUUUAAACUCGUCCGCGAGUCAACCGGUCGCCACACAACUACAUCAGCAACCUAGUAACCAUACCUUCUAUCCCUGGAUGGCUAUAGCAGGAGCGAACGGAAUGCGCAGGCGCGGUCGACAAACCUAUACGCGUUAUCAGACUCUGGAACUGGAGAAGGAAUUUCACACGAACCACUACCUCACCAGGCGGAGGCGGAUCGAGAUGGCACACGCACUCUGCCUGACGGAACGGCAAAUCAAGAUCUGGUUCCAGAAUCGGCGAAUGAAGUUGAAGAAAGAGAUUCAGGCGAUCAAAGAACUGAACGAGCAGGAAAAGCAAGCGCAGGCGCAAAAGGCAGCGGCAGCAGCAGCGGUUGCGCAUCAGCAGCAAGGGGGCGGUGGGGGACCAGAGGGGGGCAACUAGGGGUACGCCCUGCAUCGGAGCCCCCCUGACCACCCCUCUACCAAUCCACACCACCCUCUACUAGCACCACAAUGUACACAGCU